CCGGAAAAAAGUUUUUUUGAUCGUUUCAACAAUCUGAAUAUCCACUUUUCGCUUGUAUCGGCUCACAUUGUCCUCGAUGAGGAGUGUUUUUCAGUUUCCGCCGCGUGCGCAAUAAGCAUGUCUCAUCUCUCCUGAUGAAGACACUUACCAGCUUUCAAGUAAAAGAAAAGCAAUUGGAAAAUUGACAGGAUGAUAUUGACACCCACGGAAUUAGCGACUACUUCGAUCCCGUCGGCGCGGCGGUACCGGAAGCAUGACAGCAGCAUUCAGGAGAACUUCGCAUGGUUGGCCCCCGGGCACCUCGUGUCGUUGUUUUUCGAGCGCGACCACUCGCAAACCAGCAAGAAAACCAAGAAGAACUGCAUUGUGACGACGCAGACCGCUACCAGCCCGACCAACCCCGAGGUCCUGCUGAUCGACGUGCGGAAGCCAGAGCAGUACGCGGAGGCGCACAUUCGCAAC